CAACUGGUACACUCUGCGAGAACAUGAGCGCAUAGAUCUGAUACUGUAGCCUUCCCUGGUCCCGGGAGAGAGCUUCGUUUUUAUCGAAACCUAUUUUUCUAGGGUUUCGACAAAAACAGCUGAUUUCAACGAGAGUACCAAUCUUCAUUGAUACAAAUUUAAUACACUAUUUCAACGACUCUUCGCAUUGGCGUCCGAGGUGGCACAGAGUUCUGUUUCUGGCAUAUACCACAGAUUUAUAUUCUAUUCUGCAAGAUUUCAUACAUUAAAAAUGGCGGCAACCAUGGCUUCUGGCCUGCAAAUUACUGCAGCAAGGCCCUCCAUUUCCUCUACUCGCAGAAUUUUUAAGGUUGGUGUGGCAAGUAUUGGUGUCAGUUCUAGAGGGGCAUCAUGGACAAAGCUUGCUAGCACAUGUCAUAUAUCAUCUGCACAAUAUUUUCAGCGCAGUUUCACAUCAUCACCUGCAAAAUUUGAGAAUGUUGUUACAAAGGCAAUGUCUGGAGAUAGUGAAAACAAGCCUUCGUCAGGGUUGCCAAUCGAUUUGAAAGGUAAAAGGGCAUUCAUUGCUGGUGUAGCUGAUGAUAAUGGAUAUGGUUGGGCUAUCGCAAAAUCCCUGGCUGCUGCAGGUGCUGAAAUUCUAGUUGGAACUUGGGUGCCUGCUUUAAACAUUUUUGAAUCCAGCCUACGACGUGGGAAGUUUGAUGAAUCACGCGUUCUGCCUGAUGGUUCUUUGAUGGAGAUUACCAAAGUAUAUCCCCUAGAUGCUGUUUUUGACAACCUAGAAGAUGUACCUGAAGAUAUAAAAACAAAUAAGCGUUAUGCUGGAUCCUCCAAGUGGACAGUUCAGGAAGUUGCAGAAACUGUUAAACUAGAUUUUGGCAGCAUUGACAUUCUUGUGCAUUCACUUGCUAAUGGGCCGGAGGUGACUAAGCCUCUAUUGGAGACAUCCAGGAAAGGAUAUCUUGCUGCAAUAUCAGCCUCAAGUUAUUCAUAUGUUUCUUUAUUGAAGCAUUUCAUUCCAAUUAUGAACCCAGGUGGUUCUUCAAUUUCUCUUACAUACAUUGCUUCUGAGAGGAUCAUUCCUGGAUACGGUGGAGGUAUGAGUUCAGCAAAAGCAGCACUUGAGAGUGACACAAGAGUGCUUGCUUUUGAAGCGGGAAGAAAACAUAAGAUCAGGGUCAACACGAUAUCAGCUGGCCCAUUAAGAAGUCGUGCAGCAAAGGCAAUUGGAUUCAUAGAUACAAUGAUUGAAUACUCAAUAGCUAACGCACCUCUGCAAAAGGAACUGUCUGCAGAUGAGGUGGGGAAUGCUGCUGCGUUCUUGGCAUCACCAUUGGCUUCAGCUAUCACCGGUGCUGUUAUCUACGUCGACAAUGGUCUCAACGCCAUGGGUGUUGGAGUUGAUAGUCCCAUAUUUAAAGACCUCGACAUUCCGAAGUCCAAGCAUUAGAAGGUAACACUAGGCAGUUUUUUAGGAGUGGGGCUUUUAAGUCUUAGCGUGUUUGUAGUGUUCUUGAGAUCCUUUUUUACCCUCGUAUGCUCAUCGGCCAAGAAUGGAUUCGCCAGCGGAAAUAUCUUCUCAUGUUGAGAUUAGACAAUUGUUUAAUGAGGUUAGUGGUCUAUAUGCGUUAUCUUGUGUGGUCUAGGAUUGGUGCUGAAUAACAUCUCAUUUCUGCAAAUUAGAACAAGCAAUUCAGAGGAUUGAAUCUGUCAUAUAGAGUUUGAUAGAUUGCAUGAAUAAUGUUGGUCAGGUUGUUGAGAAUUUGAAUAUGGUUUUGCCUCUGCACUGGAUUAAACGUAUUUUACUUUGGAUUA